GGACAGCCCAGGAAGCAGCUUCCAAACAUCUGACAAUGGACGGUAUGGCCAUAUGUUCAGUAGGGUACGACACAUUCUGGAAACUGGCCGGCAAGAGUCAAGGCCUCAAGACAUAUGCUCAAGGACGAUCCUGGAAACCAGCGCCAAACAUCUAUACGCAGGACGAAGGGAAACGCUCUUGGUCCAAUUCGCAAAGCCUUCUAGUCGAGACUUCGUGGAACGCGUCUUUGUGA